GUCUCAGUGUUUAUGUUCAGUCGUGUUGUAGCAGGGAGAGGGAAAGGAGUUAUUGCAUUUUAUGGGGAAGUGCCUACGUCGUGGUCGUGAUCCAUUGUGCUAGUAAAUAUGUGUGUUCUUGACAUCUAGUGUGUUCUGUUCCAAGAUGCAAAGCCAAGGCCACAAUAACGUUGACGAUAAAUUUCCAAUGAAUUUCAGUGCAUUCGACCAAGAGCUUUUUGGCGGAGCCCACAUGGGUCAAGCCAUGGGGGGAAUGAGUCUAGGAAUGAAGAGAUCAGCGCAUGACGCUGGUCUAGACAGGGACCCCUUGAAUCUGUCGUCGGACGACGACUCUGACAUCAUGAAAAAGGACGACAAGAUGAAUCCGUCCUCCAGUCGUGAUGCCGUGUUGCACCACCAGACUUCGCUGGAUUCGGCUCAGCAGCCACAGCAGACAAAUAAACAGUCACUUCUGCCCAACGGCAAGAAGACCAAAGGGCGCGUCAAAAUCAAGAUGGAAUUUAUUGACAACAAACUGCGUCGAUACACGACGUUUUCCAAGAGGAAAACCGGCAUUAUGAAGAAGGCCUACGAGCUGUCCACUCUGACGGGGACGCAGGUGAUGCUGCUGGUGGCCAGCGAGACGGGCCACGUCUACACCUUCGCCACCCGGAAGCUGCAGCCGAUGAUCACCUCGGAGGCGGGCAAGGCGCUGAUCCAGACAUGCCUGAACAGCCCAGACCCGCCGCAACCCGCCCACCACCACGACCAGCGCAUGUCGGCCACGGGCUUCGAGGAAACGGAACUGACCUACGCCGUCAACGAGGACGAACACAAGGACCUAGUACGAGAGGAAUAUCUCGGAGGGGGCUCCUCGAGUGCUUCGGAUUCCUCAUCGCCUCCGACGCCUUCGGAUACACCUACCCCAACUCCGGCGGGAGUUGGUGUGGGAGGACAACCUGCUCAUGCCAUAGUCAGCCAGGCCCUGCCAGUCCAUCUACCGCCUGGGAUAGUCUUAGCGCCUUCUGUCGCAGGCUUACAACAUGUGACCCUAGCUGCAGUUGUAAACCGGCCCCAUGUCACUACUGUUACUGCUGUUGGUACAGCUCCAUCAGCAACUGUUACUUCAAAAACCUCCUCUACUAACACUGCAACUACCCUGUCAGGGGGAAGUAUGAUGGUUGGUGGCACUGGAGGCUCUGUGAUGUAUGCAGCACCUGGUGGUGUGGUAUAUGCUGCCUCUCAGAAUUCAUUACCUGAAGGUAGUACACCAGUUCUUCUCAACCUUCCCCAUGGGCUACAGGUAGCACAUGACCAAAAUGGCAGCACCACAGGAUCUCUAGUCACCCUCCCCAUGGCUUUAACAUCAGCUGCUUUACAUCAGUCUGCCGCAGCAGCAGCAGUGGUAUCUGCAGCUUCAGCAGCAGCAGCAGCUGCAAAUUUGAACAAUAAUAAUAGUAACAGCAACAAUACUAAUAGUCAGGCAUUACCAACAGAUCUGUCAAUGCAUAUUAAGAGAGAAAAGAGAAGCUAAGAUUAGUAAAACCUAGUUGCUUUUGCAGUUAUAAGUGCCUUUUUUAUGUAAAAACAAAAUAACUGGUGGUACUAACAUUUCUAUAUUUAAAAGUAUUUUAUAAUGCAGUGCAGUUUUAAGACUAUACAACCCUGUAUACUGUUAUAAAAGUCCUUACCCCCCUCUCUCUUUUAUAUUAUAUAAAAUUAGUUUGUUCUAUGACUCCUACUCAUCAGUGUCGUAACUUUAGUGAUUAUUAAUCAUUAUUUUAUUGUUUCAGUAAUUCAUUCAUGUUUUCAAAUAUAAUCUUAUUACUAAAUGUCUUAAUAUUUGUUGGUAAUCUGAAAGAAAUCUAUCUGAUCUUGAGCUUGCAUCUCUUAAGAUAAGUAUUUUAUGGAGCAAACUACUGUAAUCAUAACCUUACAUACAAGCAUUAACUUGAAAUAUUAAUUAUUACCAUAAUUACAGUAUACAUGUGUGCAUAGAUAUAUGGGCUGAGGAUGAUUACUGCACUUUUUAAAUGGCAAUACUAAGCUUAUAGUGUGCAAAUGGUAUCUUAUCUAGUAAAUUAUGAACGGAUUAAACAUGCAUACCCACAACCAAAUUUAUUAACUUGGGCUUUUGAAAUCAGGCUAUGAACUGGAAGACGAAUGCAUUUUUGUCUUCAAAACACUAUGUUGGAGAGUUAACUGUUUAUAUAGUAAUUUAAAUAAAAUAUUACUGAUC